AUGUAUUCCGCCGUGCUGCGCUGGGUGACGGAGACCAAGGCCCGCCUGCCGUUGCUCCGGGAUAUUCAUUUGAAUUUCAUUUUCCUCCACUACGCCUACAUCAUCAUCUUCAGCCUCAUCGUUUCCAUCAUCAUCUACCCGGGUAGUAACCUGGCCUACAUCGAUGCGCUCUUCUUCUCCGUGGGUGCGGCCACCCAGAGUGGGCUCAACACCGUCGAUUUCAACCUGCUGUACACCUACCAGCAGAUCAUCUUGUACUUUGUGUCGAUGCUGACCACCCCGAUUUUCAUUCACACGAUGUUGGUCUUUGUUCGACUGUAUUGGUUCGAAAAACGUUUUCAGCAUGUCGUUCGCGAUGCCCGCGCCUUGCGUCAUACCCGCUCCCGAUUGCGGACAAUCAGUGAGGACAAGGAUGUGGACCAGUAUGACAGGGAGGAAAGCGGCGUGGGGAACCGCUCGAUCGUCGUCAUGCGCAACACCCAGGAGAAUACUGGCGCAAAACCUCAACAGCCACCGUCUCCAGAAUACACCGACUCGGGAUCGGACUCCGGCGCUGGCAGAGACGAGAAUCCUUCAGAGAAUGAGGAUAACGGACAAAAAGGCACAUCAGGCUUCGGGCUGGGCAGUCUGAGGUUUCCCACCCAAUUGAGCCCUGAGCAUCACAUCGCCUUUCUCGAGAAUCAGCGGAGGAACACCGGGGCAUUGCGUAUUCCGAGCCCGAGAGAAUACGACCGUGGCGGCGUGCCCCAGAUUCUCGGAGACCAAGAGAUCCAGGAGGUCCAGUCGCCGCGACCACGGAGCAACGGCCGUGACGCACCGGACUAUCGGCGUUCGGAGGAAGAAGAUCAGGUCGGUCCUAUGGACGGACCGCAUAUCACAAUCAAUGAGCCGGACAUGAUGCGGACGAGGACGAGAAACUCGACCUUUCCGCGACUUGACACUCGUCCGACCGUUCGUGAGACGAAGGACGUCGAUGAGCCGUCGGGCUUGACGCGUACGACCACUCGGAGACCGACCUUCAGUAGCGUAAAACGCUCGUUGACGCAUGAACGAGAUCGGACGACGCUUCCGUACCUCAGCUGGAACGCCACGGUCGGCCGCAACUCCAACUUUGUCGACUUAACCGAGGAGCAACGGGACGAGCUUGGUGGCAUUGAAUACCGCGCGCUGAAAACACUGGCGGUGGUGUUGAUGUCGUACUACGUUCUCUUUCAUCUUCUGGGAAUUGUCUGUCUUGUGGGGUGGAUUAUGACCACCCACUGGGGCUCUGUCGUCAAGGAGAUCGGUCAAGGACGGCCGUGGUGGGCGAUUUUCAUGGCCGGGUCGGCCUUCAACGACGUCGGCUUCUCGAUUACUCCGGAUUCGAUGGCCUCGUUCCAGGAUGCCAUUUUCCCGCUGCUACUCUUGACGUUUCUGAUCAUCAUCGGUAAUACGGGGUUUCCUUGUAUGCUUCGGCUAAUCAUCUGGGUCUCGUCAAAAGUCGCUCGCAAGGAAAGUCCUGUGUGGGAAGAACUAAAGUUUCUGCUGGAUCAUCCGCGUCGUUGCUUCACUCUGCUUUUUCCUCGCAAUGCUACCUGGUGGCUGUUUGCCAUCUUGAUUGCCCUGAACGGGAUCGAUUUGAUCUUUUUCAUCAUCCUCGAUCUGAAUGAUCCCACUGUUACGCGUCUGCCCGUCGGCAUUCGGAUUCUGGACGGUCUGUUUCAGGCAGCCUGCACCCGAACUGCUGGGUUUUCGGUGGUAUCUUUGUCGGAUAUCCACCCGGCCGUGCAGGUGUCGUAUCUGGUCAUGAUGUAUAUCUCCGUGUUCCCGAUCGCCAUCUCCCUGCGACGGACCAACGUGUACGAGGAGAAGAGUCUUGGCGUUUAUGCCGGUCCGGAAGAGGAUGACGACGACAACCAGACCGCUCCCAGCUAUAUUGGAACUCACUUGCGGCGACAACUGAGUUUCGAUCUGUGGUAUGUGUUCCUGGGGCUGUUCAUCAUCACUAUCGCCGAGGGGGACCGUCUCCAGCGCACUGACCAGUACAACUUCCAAAUCUUUUCUGUUCUCUUCGAAGUGGUCUCUGCAUACGGUACUGUCGGACUCUCUCUCGGGUAUCCAGGUGUCAAUGCUUCCUUCACGAGCCAGUUCAGAACCAUCUCUAAACUGGUCAUUUGCGCCAUGCAACUUCGUGGUCGCCAUCGUGGCUUGCCCUACACCUUGGACCGCGCUAUCCUCCUGCCGUCCGAGCACCUGCAUGACAAUGAAAUCACCGAUGCUGAGCGGCGCAUGCGCCGGCGGGCUUCGAGCUUCAGCCAGAUGCCCACGACGGACCAGCAGGACAACGGCACAACUUCUGGCCUGGACCCAAGGAGCAAUGCCGACUCCAUUCUCCGCCGACAGUCCACUAGACGAUCCCAGCGAUCGCAACGAUAG